AUGUAUAAAAGCAGUCAGAUAGCCACUCGUUAUAUUUUCCAUGCAUUGGCAAAUGCAAUCAAAUAUUUGCCUCUUGAUAAUAUUGAUGAUUUGAAAGUUCCUGAGAGUCUUAUUGAUCUUAAGAAACAAUCUUUAGAGAAGUUGGAACCGCUAUUUAAUCCAUCUCUGACUACUCCUUUUGUAAUCAAACCAGAUCCAACCAUCAAACCUUUAGACUACCAGACUGAUGGUAUAAAUUGGUUAGGUUUUCUCUUUGGAUUCGGAUUUAAUGGAAUUCUGGCUGAUGAUAUGGGACUUGGUAAAACAUACCAGACUCUAUGUGCAAUAAGUACAUAUCAUUAUAAUUCAAUCAAUGAUAGUCCAAAAUCAUUGAUAUUUGCUCCAACAAAUGUCAUUUAUCAUUGGGCUUCUGAGGUACAGAAGUUUUUCUCGUGGUUGAACACCAUUAAAAUAAUCAAAGGUGAUCAACUAUCAUCUAUAAAUAUCAAUAAUUUCACAGGAUUGAUUAUCACAUCAUACGGAUUGGCAAGACAUUUCACUAAUCUAAAAGUAACUUUCAAGUUUAUUGUUCUUGAUGAAGGUCAUUUAAUAAAGAAACCAGAUUCGAAGAAAGCCCAGUACAUCACAAAUUUAUCAUCAGAGCAUAAACUUAUUUUGACAGGAACUCCUAUUCAAAAUGGACCAAUGGAUCUUUGGUCAUUGUUUAACUUCCUAAUGCCAGGAUAUCUUGGAACCAAAGAAAGGUUUGUUAAACUUUACAAGAAUCCAAUUGAUAAAAUGUUCGAUAAAAAUGCUUCAGAACAACAAACAAAGCAAGGCGAGAAAGCUCUUGAAGAUUUGCAUAGCCAAGUGCUACCACUAAUUUUAAGAAGACUUAAAACCGAUGUACUCAAAUCAUUACCACCAAAAAUACCGAACAUCGAAUCUGCUUUUCUCUCUGAUAUUCAAAAGAAAAUUCUUGAAGCAAAAAGAAAUGAGUAUGAAACUAAUAGAAUAUCAGAAUUUGAAAAGCAAGAUUUUGAAAUGAAGCUCAACAUUCAUCCAGAACUUGUUGAACCGACAUGCAAAUGUAUAAUUGAAGAAUCUGGAAAACUAGUUGCCUUAAAACAUCUCCUCCAUAGAAUUGGUUAUGGUAAAGAUAGAGAAGGAAUUUUGAGAAGAAAGGCUGUAAUUUUCUGUGAAUCAGAAGAAGCAAUCAACAUGAUCAUUAAGUAUGUUAUUCCAACCCUAGUUGACACUGAAUACAUUCAAUUUUCUUCAUCAACAGAUAUUGCAGAAAAUGCAAAGAAGAUUGAAGAAUUUUCCAAAGAAGAUGGACCUGAUUUAUUCAUUGCUACAACAACUGCAGCAGCUCAUGGAAUUAAUCUUACAUCUGCAAGUAUAGUGAUAUUCUUUGAGCUCAAUUGGAAUCCAAAGAUUGAUCUUCAGGCUGAAGAUAGAGUUCACAGAUUAACUCAAACAAAGACUGUUGAUAUAUUCAAAAUUGUAAUGAUCGACACAAUUGACCAAAGAAUUAUUGAAGCACAAGAAAGGAAAGAUAAGAUUGCAAAUGGUGUAAUACACGAUCAAAAUUCAAUCAAUCAGAUGGAUACAACUGGAUUGAAUAAAGCAAUUUCUGGAGAAAUGAAUGAAAUGCCAGAAAAGGAACCUACUUUUAAGCAAUUACUUAGAGCAGAUAUCAAGUAUGAUAAAGAUUCAUAUUCCCAAAUGAACCAUUAA